AUGGGCAAUAAAGGCGUCACGGAAGGACCACCGAAGCAGCUCACGGCUAAACAAAUUGCAAUGCUCAAAACUAGUACCAACUAUAGCGAAGCGGGUGGCAACGCGGAUGCUUUCUGCCAGCUUGCAUUUUCCAUGUUCGAUGCUAAUCGUGAUAAUGUGAUUGACUUCAAUGAAUUUCUCCUUGCUGUUGCUGCUACGUGUCACGGAGAUUUGAAUAAUCGACUCGAAGUGGUGUUCGAUAUAUGCGAUACCUCGGAUGACGGACACAUCGAUCAAAAAGAAUUGGCUAUUAUGAUUUCGGCUAUGUAUGACUUACUGGGCGAAACCGAUCGAAAAGCAGAUCGUGAUCCUGAAAAACGUGCUUCAGAAAUCAUCAGCAAGCUAGAUGUCAGUGGAGAUAAAAAACUGAACAAGCACGAGUUCAUAGUUGGAUGCACAAAAGAUCCCAUCAUCCGUCAUUUGCUGGCACCCAACGCUUGA